AUGAGGGAGGAUGAUUCGAACUGGUUUUCGAAAUGGGAGGAGGAAUUGCCGGCGCCGGAGGAGCUUACCCCCCUUUCCCAGACCCUAAUCACCCCUGAUCUGGCCCUCGCCUUCAACAUCCCCGGCCCCCACCACGNCUCCGCCGCACUCCUCCUCCCAGCCCAACUCCUCCGCCGACUCCACAAGCGGUUCGUCGACGCCGUGGCCCACCUGGGCAUCAAGAACGCCGUCCCCAAGACCAUAAUGCAGCUCAUGAGCGUCGACGGCCUCACCCGCGAGAACGUCGCCAGCCACCUCCAGAAAUACCGCCUCUACCUCAAGCGUAUGCAGGGCAUCUCCUCCGGCCCCGCCUCCGCCGCCGCCGCCGUCGACGCCGCCACCGACCACCUCUUCGCCAGCUCCCCUGUCCCCCCUCACUUCCUCCACCAGUCCCGACCCUGCUCCACCGGACCCUCCGACCACUUCUUGCCGCUGGUCCCGAUGUCUAUGCACCACCACCACCACCACCAGAUGGUGGGCCCGCCGCCGCCGCCAGCGGCCGCCCACCACCAAAUGCAGCAGCAUUUCCGGCAUUUCGGGGGCCCGCAGAUGCAGAGGAUCGGGACGCCGGUCCACGGAAGCAACGGUGUGGGCCCGCUGGGUUACGCCGAUGACGUGGAGCCGGCAAAUGGGAGAAAGGUCCUCACCCUUUUUCCGACUGGGGAUGAUUAA